CAGUACUUUUUGGCCACCUAGACUUGCAAAGGAACUUUUUGCAUCUAGUUUAUUUGGUAUGAAAUGGUUAUUGCUUCUUGCAGACGUUGGUAUUAGAUAGUUUGAAAAAUUGUGUCGAAGUCGUUUAUCUAGUAUCCUAUAUUUAGUCCGGAAUGUAUUCAGAAACCUUUAUAAGUGAAAUAUGUCUAACCUAAAAUGCUAAAAAUUAAAAUAGAUUAAUCAUAUAGGGCUAGACUUAUUUCAGGGUUCGGUAACCACAAACUGGCAAAGGUAAUAUGGGAUGCGCCUCGCUUAUUUGGAAUAACAAUUUACCGGAGGCGGCCAACAAGAAACAAAAGCUCAAAAUUAAAAAUGUCAAUAGCUUAUGUCACCUUAAAUGUCAAACUUUUAACGAUAGUCGCAAAUUUCUGAAUUUGAAGAUUUUACAAUCCGCUUUUAGUUUCCAAGUAAAAUAUGUUUUCUACCAGCUCUCAAAGAAAAUUUUGGACGUUCAGUGAUGAAAAUGAACUCGCACGCUUACGUGAAAAACACAAUUAUUUUUUUUACGCGAGACAGAACUCGCACAUCGACGAGCAACAACGUUUCACGUAUUUCUUGUCUCCUGAUGAAGAACGACAACUUUUAAAGCAAUACGAACUCCAUCUGAAAGAAUUCUGCAAGAGAUUCACACCUCCAAUGCCCAAAGGGGUGGUGGGCACAGCCUUUCAUUACUUUAAACGAUUUUAUCUAUACAACUCGACAAUGGACUAUCAUCCAAAAGAAAUUUUAGCCACUUGCGUGUAUUUAGCGUGUAAAGUUGAAGAAUUUAACGUUUCUAUCGGGCAAUUCGUCGCCAAUAUCAAAGGAGAUCGAGAAAAAGCAUCAGAUAUAAUACUAAACAAUGAAUUAUUGCUAAUGCAACAAUUAAACUACCAUUUGACCAUACAUAAUCCUUUCAGACCAGUAGAAGGAUUCCUAAUAGACAUUAAAACUAGAUGUUCAUUGGCUAAUCCUGAACGUCUUCGUAGUGGUAUUGAUGAGUUCCUAGAAAAGGUGUUCUUAACUGAUGCAUGCUUGUUGUAUGCUCCGUCACAAAUUGCUUUAGCUGCAGUACUCCAUGCAGCGAGCAAGGAACAAGAGAACUUGGAUAGCUACGUGACAGACAUACUCUUCAGAGAUGCGGGACGUGAUAAAUUGGCGAUACUUAUUGAAGCUGUAAGAAAGAUUCGAUCAUUAGUAAAAAUGGUAGAGGCACCAGCUAGAGAACGAGUACGGCUUAUAGAGAAGAAAUUAGACAAAUGUCGGAACCAAGAAAAUAACCCUGACAGUGAGAUUUACAAGCGUCGGAUGAGAGAGCUGCUAGACGAAGACGAUGUUUUACAUGUAGGAUCCAGUAGAAUGUCUUUAGAUACAAGUGGAGUUACACAAGUUCUAUCACCUUCUGCCUCUUAAAUAAAAGAAAUAAAAGUUGACCUAAUAUUAAUUAAAAUAAAAAUGUAGAUAAGAUUAUUGACUGUAAAUUUAAAUAAAGUAAUUCUUAAGUAGGAUUUAAAAUAACUAAGUACACCUUUCAUGAUAUUUUAUGUAUGCUGUUUUUGCAACAAAAGAAUCCUGUAUUUCUGUAAUGUGUGCUAGAACGGGAUGAACUAUGGUAGAACUUGUAAGUUCGGUGUCAUGAAAGCAAUAUACUAUGUAGUCACCUUAAGUAUAUUUGAAGUUUAGCCUAGGACUUAUGGUUGUACUUACCAUUAUCUUGUAUUAAAUCUGUUCUGAUCUAUUGCAAACUGCAGGUCUCAAAAGCUUUUUCUACACACACUAAAAAACAAAUACUUAUGACCUUAGUUAAAGAAAAUGGAUGUGGUUAGUUUAUAUUUAUUGCUUAGAUGGGUGGAUAAGCUUCAACCCACUUGGUGCUAUAUGGUUACUGGAGCCCAUAGACAUCUACAAUGUAAAUGUUGCUACCCACCUUGAGACGAGCUCUAAGGUCUCCGUUUUAACAGUACAACAGAUGCCCCACCCUUACUGCUUCACAGCGCAAAUAGGCACAGUUGCACAUACCUAUACGGACUCACAAGACUGCCACUAAUAUUAUUUUAUAAUCUGUAGAGUCUCCCUUGACUUUACAAUAAUCAAAUCCUCUCUCAGCAGUUGCGUUUUGAUGCGCUGUCAAGCCAAUGUCCAUUAUGUUAACCAGCCACCAGAUUGUGAUUGGCCAGAAUGUAAACAAAAUCAAUAAUUAACUGACGUAAAUAAUAUUUGAACCAACUCUAAUUGUAUGUAUCUAAUUAAUUAUGUAUUACUAAUAAACGAAAGUAAGAUUGGUUGGAAGAAAA